AUGACUCGUUACUUCUGCUGCGGAAACUACUUCCCAGGUUAUCCUUGCUAUGGAACCAACUUCCACGGGACCUUCAGAGACACCCCCUUGAACUGCGUCGUGCCCCUGGGCUCUCCCCUGAACUAUGGUUACGGAUGCAGUGGCUAUAGCUCCCUGGGCAACAUCAAUGGACUGGGGUGCUGCUAUGGCAGCAGCUUUCUGAGGCCUUGGGGCUCCGGCUCUGGCUUCGGCUACAGCACUUACUGA